AGCUUAGCUUAGCUUAGCUACCUUUAGGCCCUACUACUGUACUGUAGUUUAAGUGAAGUGCUUGACUGCUUGACUGUUUGACUGUUUGACUGUUUGAGCUAGACUGAUUGCCCCCUGGUGCACUGGUGCAGAUGAGCGAGAUAGGAUAGGAUAGCGGGGUUGUUUGGCUUCAGCUUGGUAUUUAAACCCCUCAGGACCCCUCUCCCCUCGUUCCUUCCCCUCCAUCCAUAAAGUAUCCUUCCGUCUAAACUUCACGUCGUCUAAUUUCACGCCUACCAAACUUUUCAAUAAUCAAUUCUUCUCUUCACAACCAAAGCAAAGCAACCAUGGAUUUCCUCAAGAAAGGCGCAGAAAUGCUCAACAAGAACAAGGCUGGUGGUAGCAAUCAGCAGACUCAAGGCGGUGCCGGUGCCGUCGGUGGUGCGCCUGCUGCUGGUGGGGCACCAGCUCAGGGUCAGGCAGGGGGGUCGGGGGCUGCUGCGGGGGGUCAGGAUUAUGGUGAUAAGGCAUUCGACUUCCUCGCUAAGAAAUCUGGAUAUAAGGUUGACCCCGCGACUGGCGAGAAGAUCACCGAUGGUGCCCGUGGCUUGUACGAGAAGCAGACUGGGAAGAAACUUGAUCCUAAGUGGUCGAACUAAGUCUCACUACCCAAUAUGGAUGACAAUGUUUGGGAAGGAUUUGGGAGGAGUUUUUUCGGAUAACGACAGGAGGGAGGGAUAUUGUCAUGAUAAUUACGACAGGAGAGAAUAGGAUAGG